AGCCGCGCUAUUCGGAAGAUCAGGUGGGGUCGUGGCCGAUCAGGCGUAGUUGGCUGCAUGUUGCCCCGAGCGUGGUAGUUGAGGAAAGUUUGGCAAAUUUGCAGCCGCCGCUGUGGUGUCGGCAGUGUGAGGCUCGCACCUAUUGACAAUGGCCGUGGGCUUUGAAAUGGUGAAGAGGAACCUGCUUGUCCUGGCGACUGUUACAUUGUUGGUAAUAGUGACGAGUAACGCGCAGGGCCCUACUUGCCCGGAGCCAUCGAACCUUGAAGCAUCAAAUGUUGUGUACAACGCUAUCACGUUCCGUUGGGAUGUAACAAAGUACAUACCAAACCCUGUGCACUGCACAUGCAUGUCGUUGGGAAAUUAUGGUGAGACGUGUUCGGCCAGCAACACGCCGAAAGUCUGCACUACAGGAGUGGCCGGUUACACAAGGGCACAAUCGAGCCUCAGCAUCUACACCAACUACACGAUGUGCGUACAGACACAGUGCUCCGGUUCGAACUUCUCCACUGCCGUUUGCAGGACCUUCAGGACGUCGCCUACUGCGCCCAGCCAGCCGUACCAAAUCUUCGCUACUAAGCACAGCCCUUCUUCCAUCGACGUCAGUUGGCGAUUCCCAACGGCACUGAACGGGCCGCUGGACGGCUACCGUAUCCGCUGGUGCCAGACGUCCAACUGUGUGCCCAGCCAGCAGAUACUUCGCGGGAACGAAGUCCGUAAUUUUCGACUCGCAGGACUGCUACCAUUCCGCCAAUACAAUGUCUACGUGUGCGGCUUCAACGUGGAUCCCUACACCGGGCAAACCCUCUUCGGAACCGAGGCGUCGCUCAGCGAGUACACCCUGCCCACAUACCCCUCCGAACCUUCGCUGUCCUUCACCAAAGUGUCGACGUCCCAAGUGAACGUCGUUGUGGGCGUACCUAAGUACACGAACGGCCCCAUCAACGGAUACGUGCUGACGUGGUGCCCCAAACUCCGCUGCUACGGUGACAAUGUGGGCACGCGUGAGGUGUUGCAGGCCAACGCGGGCACGCAGUCGAUUACCGGACUGCAGCCAUGGACGGAGUACGAGGUCACCGUGAGAGCCUUCAACAUUGUCCCUACAGACAGCGAGCGAGCGUACAGCGAAGAAGUGAAGGGGACCGUCGUGCCCAUGCCCUUCUCUCCCAGUGGUCCACAGAACUUCAAAGCGACUCCCCUGAGUUCAACUUCAAUGAGGCUGACGUGGGACCUGCCACCGCGUUUUGACGUCACUCCUACGCACUUCCGGCUGUUCUGGUGCACUGGAGGAUACAGGAACUGCUUCAACCUCGACGUUGGGAAUGUGCGGGAGGCGGUAAUCUCCCCGCUGGCUCCAUACACCGAGUACCGCUUUAUGAUCAAAGCACUCGUGCAGUUUUCGUCACCCUGGCUAAACAGCGCUGUAUCAAGCACCAGCGUGAGGACAUGGCCAAGUGAUCCCAGCAGACCCAUCGAACUCAAAGUGGUAAGAACAAAGGCGACGGCGGUAGACGUCUCUUGGAAGGCGCCGCUUGAUCCGGCUGGUCCAUUGGCCGGAUUCCGCGUGCGCAUAUGCCCUGAGCUUGGAACAUGCCCCGCCAUUGGACUCAUCAGCCGCCACAAGACGCUCAACAAGAACACAACGAACCACUCAUUCUACGGCCUGGAACCGUAUGCGAAGUACCAGGUGCAAGUCAGGGCCUUCAACAGCCUUCCGGACGGAAAGACAGCUGAGGGGGACGUGGCUGCCCUUGCUGUGUCCACGACACCAAGUGAACCAAGCGAGCCAACAAGCCUGGCCGUCAAAACAAUCAGCAGCACAGUUCUUUUAGUCACGUGGCAGCCUCCAAGUCACAAGAAUGGGCCAAUUAAGGGCUACAACGUCAGCUGGUGGAAGAGUGAAGGCGCUUCAACACACGACGUGGAGGACCUGUCCACUGGCCAGAGUAACUUUGUCGCGGGCGAAGCGACAUCCCUGAGGAUAUCGAACCUUCUCCCAUACACCACGUAUGCCGUUCGAGUCGCGAGAGUGAACGUGGACGGCAACACGACGUUGGAAGGGGCUGCGGCGCACGCCGAAGGUAUCACCGAUCCCGAACCAUGUCCGCCACCCACCGACGUCACAGUCGUGGCGGUGGAGAUCAAUGCCACAACGUCCAAGCUUACCUUCAGCUGGUCUCCUCCGAACGCCACCGUGAAUCCGCCCGUGGAAGGAUAUCAGAUUCACGUGUGCCGCGUGGAGAACGCAUCUACCUGCUGGGACGCCAACACGACAGCGGAGCAACGGUCCUACGCGAUAGAAGCGGUGCCGAACUUCGAGGACUACAUUGUCGCUGUGAACGCUUACGUACUGAAUCAUGGUCGUGUGGUUGUGGGUGAAUCAGCCACCACUAGCGCGAGCACGGCUGCUCCGAAGAUACCUGCCGUCACAAACAUCAACGCAACAGCAGUCAACUCGACAUCCAUAUAUGUCGAGUGGAAACCGGUGGCCUCAGUCAAUGAACUAUCAAUACUGUACAAUGUCACUCUAGUGAGCCUAAACGGGGCGGAAGUGAGCCAGGUGUUUGUUAGCGAUCCCACAGCGGCGUUCGCAGGGCUUCAAGCAUGGACAAGCUAUAGCGUUCAGGUCUCGGCAUGCGUGGCGCGGGGAUCGAAGCGCCAGUGUGGAACCGCCAGGGCUGCUGACGCUCGGACGUCGCCGUCAGGAUCGAGCAAGCCAACAACGGUCCGGACUAGUACGAACAGCACAGCCAUACACGUAACGUGGGAAGAACCUUUACACCCCAAUGGACCGCUACUGGGGUACGACGUUGCGUGGUGGUUAAACAACGCUACACAGAACGAGAGCGACGACUCAGCUCAAAUACAUAAAAGAACCGUCUUUCUGGAAGGUGCCGUUUUUUCGCACAUCAUAACCGAGUUGAAAUCGGCGGCCACCUAUGUGAUCGAAAUACGCCGAGUUAACGGAGAGAACUCCACCUUGAAAGGCGCUGCAGCCCGAGUUGAAGCUUCAACCGCUCCUGACACAUAUUCGAAACCGGAGGAUGCUAACUUUACCAUUCAGAAAAUAAACGCAACACAUUUUGCCAUUAACAUAACAUGGAACCCGCCGCACUCAUCGGCAAAAGGCGCUGAACUGGAAAGGUAUGAAGUCUUCGUCCAACGCAUCGAAGAAGGCAAGCCUUCAGUCGUCUUCACGGCCAACCCUGUCACCACUGAAUAUAUCUUCGAGGUGGCCAAUAUGAACCCGUUCGUUGAGUACGUAGUUCAGAUCAGAACGUACGCGAGGUUCGGAAACACCGUAGUCAAAGGUGAAGCUGCGGAAGUGCGCGUCACUGCUGACGCCAGAUUUCUUCUUGUCGUGUCUGACGUCGAAGUGAACAGCUCGGCCAAUGGUGUGGCAGUGGUGAGCUGGAAGUCGAGCUUGGGAGUCGAUGUCGCAUCCAGCAACGCAACGUACGAGGUUAGGCUGAUUUCCACAGAAACCGGAGAGGAAAUCGAAGGCACCGUCGUGAGCUCCCUUCAAGCAACUUUCACAGGUCUGAAGCUUCGCACCAACUACACGGCGCGGGUGAAGGCCUGCGACGUGAGGGGUCACGUUCGCAAGUGCGGCGAUGUGAGCGAGGCGAGGUUCCGGACACCGAAAGAAGAUAUCACGCCCCGGCCAACAGACUUCACUGUCGUUGCUGUGAACUCGACGGCUCUGAAGGUUACAUGGCAGAUGCCAGAGCUUUCUCACGGAGUGGACGUCACUGAAUACCGCAUUUUGUGGUGGCCUUCCAUCGCAAACGAUACAUCUGCGUCCGCUGAGAAUGGGCACACCGGAAUUCAUGUUGCAAACUGGAACGAAAGCACAUUUAUCAUCAGCGGCCUCGAAGCCUACAAGAACUACGAUGUCGAAAUAGUCGUUUUCUACGUAGAAGGCACCAUGAUCAAGAACGUAUCUCUCAUCUCGAGAAGUAAAACAGCACCAAAAGCAUUUGCGCCACCUGUCAGAGUGACCUUCGACAUUUCCGGCGGCCUUGACAACUUGACGCGCGUAAACAUCGCCUGGCAACCACCAACCCACCUGACAGGACCUUCAAUAGAAGGUUACUAUGUCGACGUAUGUCCCAUUGUCACAUCCAGCAAGUCGCAGCAUGGUGUUGUUUGCAAGAGGCACAACACGACAUCCACAACUUUCGUCGCAGUGCUUGAAGGCUUGAACAAGUUUGAAGCGUACACGGUGUUCGUAAGUGCCUACGCCAUACACCAAGGUGUUGUGAUCAUCGGAAACCCGAAAGAAACGUUCGUCACCAUAGAUCCCACGCCCCAGCUCAAGGUUGAAGGCCUCAAAUUUGAAGCGGUUGGUAACGAUAGUUUGCGGAUAUCAUGGACUGGAGUUGACCUAUCGGCUUCAAGAUGGAGCGCUGUUUACACAGUCAAGGCUAUUCGGAAAAGCACAGGCGACCAAGUUUUUGAAAAAGAGGUCACUAGCACAGAAGUAAUUUUCCCGCAACUCAACGAAGAGGAGUAUACAAUACACGUGGAGGCAUGCAUUGUAAGAGGUGGUGUGAAGCACUGUGGAAAACCGAAUGCAGCUAGCGUCCAGCCAUCUGGCGUUGUACAGGACGAGCAGCUAGUGAAGAUUGAGACGGUCAACAGUUCGGCCGUUGCAAUAAUUCUGAGCCACCAAGCGCAAAUGGAAACUUCUCUGGCCGGAGUUAGGAUUUCUUGGUCAACGCCCAAACGCUUUCCGAAUGACACGCUGCCUGGAAAAAGAAACACAGUGUUUCUGCCCAUUAACACAACCAGCUUCGUCAUCACUGAUCUAGGUUCUUUCGAGAUUUACAAUAUCGAGGUUGCAAAAGUUUUUAUCGAUGGAACCUCACAAUGGGAAACAGUUGUCGCUAAGAGCGAAGCGGUCACUGACCCAAAGCCGCUGCCAAAACCGACGGAAGUGGCCUACCAAUCCAGCUCCUCUGGCAACACAUCUUCACUCAUAGUCAACUGGAACGCACCGAACAUCUCUUCUGGCCCUUCAAUUGAAGGAUACAUUGUGUCAAUCUGUCCUCGUGAAGAAAUACUGAAAAAAACAGGCGGCUGUCAGACGUUCAAUACGUCUGAGUCGUCGCUCCUAAUUGAGGUCUCGGGGCUCAGAAGCUUCAGUGAGUAUGUGGUCGAGAUAACGGCGUAUGCGACCAGCAAUGGCCGGGUGAUCAAAGGAAACAUAGUGAGGAUUGUUGCAGAGACAAGUCCGCCACCAAUACCAGCAAUUGAAAGUCCAGUUUUGUCAAAAGCAUUUGAAGGAACAACCGUCAACAUAUCCUGGAUGCCCCCUCCGGCACUUACAGAUUAUGAUGUGGUUUACGAAGUUGUGCUGACAGAAGAAGCUUCUGGACUUAUUCUCUUUAAAGGAGAACUGAACACUUCAGAAACGACCCUCCAAAAUCUUGAGACUUCUACAGAUUACACUGUUUCCAUCACCGUAUGCCUCGUGAGUGGGGCUCGAAGAAAGUGUGGAAAUUCCAGUGCCACUUUAUUCAAGACGGCUUCGAAAGAUGUCCCCAAGGAACCAAUUCACCUGCACAUCAAAGCCAUCAACAGCUCUGCUCUUGUCAUCACAUGGCCCUUGCCGUUGACAAAUGCAACACCCUUCGAGAGCUACCGGCUUACUUGGUGGAAAGAGCAGGAAGCAAUUACAGAAGAAGCGUCGGUGCACAACGAGUCCUUGCCGGCAGAUUCGACGAGGUUCGUCAUUGAUAAUUUAGAAGCUAACAGUACCUACCACGUAAACGUCUCAAGAAUAUACCAAGGCAAUGAGAUGGACAGAACAGACUCUGAGCAGAUAUCGGCGAGUACGCAGCCAGACCCUUACGUGAAACCGAACGGUUUACACGUCGAGUACAAUACUAACUCUUCUGAGGUGACUGUCACGUGGGAGGGCUUUCCAGUGCGGCUUGAGAACUCGCCCGUGCGCCAGUAUGUUGUGAAACUGUGCUUGGUAAAUGUCGUAAACCCAGAUCAAGAACAUCCGAACUGCGAACGCAAAGAAAUAUCCGCAGGCGUAGAGAAAGCAGUCUUCACCGGAAUAAGCAGCCUCGCUGAUUACCGAGUUGAAGUAAGAGCUAUAGUAAGCCGAGGCGACAACACGACUGACGAAGGAGAACCAGCUGUUGAAUAUUUCGACACUCCAGCGCCUCCUGUGCCUGAUCUACGACACAAGCUUCGCGCCGACCUCAACGCUACACGCGUGACACUCCACUGGAGUGAGCCGGCGGGAGUUAAUGACUACGAAAUUCUCUACUACGUCAAUAUCUCCAGCGCUUCAACGAAGUCUGAGAUGGAAAGGACAACCAAUCUGACGGAGCUGACAUUCGACGGCUUGGAGCCGAGCACGAACUAUUCUGCGGACGUUGCUACGUGCCUCGUCGGAAGACAGCGGCGGCACUGUGCAGGCAACACCACCAUCGAGUUCAAGACUCUCCCAAUCGGAUUUCAGGGAGACGUCACCAACCUUACUGCUGAAGCCGUCAGUGGUACAUCGCUUCGAAUUUCUUGGGACGCUCCAGUCGCAUCCGAAUCUCUGAAAGGUUAUCGGGUAUCCUGGUGGCUGCAUCAUCACAACCAGACUCGCAGGGUAGACGACAACAUAUUCACAGUGUCUUUACACAGCACGAGCAAACUUAUCGACCGUCUGCAGCCCUACACAACCUACGUGGUUGAAGUCAUUGCAGAUUACGAGGCCAGCAACGUAAUGUGGCACGGCAAGCCGCUACUCCAGUCGGCGACAACCAAACCCGAUGGGCUUCCCGCCGUGGCUAAUGUCGACAUUGGAACGACCAACAGGAACAUGUCGUCUUCCGACGUAGUCAUCUCCUGGACUACCACUAACAUACAGAAUUCCAGCGCUGAGGUGAUGUUCCGCGUCAUUCUUUGCAUAGAGUCUAACGCAGGCUCCCAAAACUGCUUUGACAAGUCGGUAAACGCUCCAAUAUCGAAGGUAAUGUUCGCAGGAGUUAAGAAUUUUGCCGCUCUUGUAGCCAAAGUCCAGCCGCUCGUCAAGACAGAAAAUAAACUGUACGAAGGAAAACUAGUCAAGACCACUGGAGUGAGCUGGACACCCGAGAUUUUGGACUUGAGCGAGCUGACCGUUGCGGAUAUAACCGAAAACUCCGCGCAUGUCUCGUGGUUGAAAGCGCAAGAUUUUGACGAAGUAAGUGGGGCGUACUACAGGGUGGUUCUGAGCGUUGAGCCCUCGCAGAACGUUGUAGGAAAUACUACAAUUUUAGGUACUGACUCGUACACGCCUAUGAAUGGAAACGUUAGCCAGCAGGAAAUAAUUAUUGUGCGGAACAUUACGACAGCUGACACAGAGAUAGAGUUGGGAAAUCUGAAAGCGUGGAGGCACUAUACUGUCACAGUGACUCCAACAGUCGUCGGCGAAGGGAAAGUCUUCGUGGGAGAAGGGAAGAGGAAGGACUUCGAAACUCUCGUCGGCGUUCCCGAAAAGCCGAGGAAUGUGACCCUGGAGGAAAAAGACGGAGGGCACACACUGACAUGGCUUCCCCCGGAAUCGUGGAACGGACCGCCGGGCGGCUACGAAGUCAGCUUCACCUGCAUGAACGGCGAAGUCAAGGGCAACAGCACCAGCGUCUCUCUCGAGGCGGACAGGAUGGCGCUUCGUAUUCCAACGCUCAGCCCGGGCGUGCCCUGCACUGUGAGCAUCAACGCGUACAACCUGUACGAGGACGAAUCACAGGACGGAGCAAGAGUCAGGGUCCGCUUUACACCUCUCGGCGGCAAAAAGGAUUACGCCGCGUUCGAUCAUCCGACGAUCAACUGAGAGCGGUUCUCUUGUUAUAGGAGCAACUGUGAGGAAACUGUAUGAACACUCACAUUACUGUAUUGCUGUCACAAGGGACAAAAUGCCAAAACCACUGCAGGGGCAACCGACAGGGAGUAUAAGCUCGGAACAAAGUUGUCUACAAAUCUAUAAAAGAACGCAGAAACAGCAUGGAGAGCGCUUACUAAUUCAAAAAGUUAGGCACUACAUUUCUAAGUGCACAGUCUAUCGUUUUACAUGGAAAGAAAAUUAACAGCCGCUGCUGUCUUUGUCUUGUCCUCGCUGUUCUUUAUGCCCCUUCUUUCUUUCUAUCGUCUAUUCUAGAUAAUAGUAAACACAUGUAUGGGCGUCGUUUCAGGCGUACAGUGUACUAUGUAUUUGAGUGGUAUGUGUUGUCUAUUUCUUCCUUUUAUUAUGUGCUUUGAAUACCUUUCAAUAGGUCAGCUAUGGCUCAAGCGCUAUCGCGUAUGCCUAAAAUGUUCGCAUGGGGUUUUCUUAAAGUAGACUGACUACUGACAACAUUGGUUUUUCAGCGUCUUCGCACGUGUCUUCGUCAUCCUUACGCUAGUGUUGCGUAUUCAACAGCGUGGGAUACUAUGAUCAACUGCUACGAACUCUACCAAAAUGUCUUUCCGUGCUGCUUCUAUUUUUACGCCUAAAGAUUCGCUGUUGAUCGAGGCCUUGAAGUUCUUCCUGUGGGGAAUUUCUAUCAGGCUUCUCGAGCCUUUUCUAGUCAUAUAGUGAUCAUAGUGUUAUGGUAGAAGGAUGAUAUUUACGUGGAUUAUGUUGGCCUACCGUUCCCCCAGCAGGUAAAAUGUAUUGCAGUAACACUUCCAACAUAAGUACAUGUUCAUUUUUGAUGGUUUCUUCUAAUGCAUAGACAUGUACCACGAAUUCGCACACAGUUAUUUACAUAGGUUCUCAUCUCUAGAAGUAUGUACCGAGAUUUUAGAGGGUAUCUGGGCACCCCUUAAUCCAACCACACCUUUGGUGAAAUAUUCCAGCUUCCGCCGUUGCAGUACGAGGCAUAUUAGAGUUGCCGCCGGUUAGCUAACGGCAAAACAGGUACAAACGCACUGCAGGCCUGGUGGUCGCAUAGAACGGGUGUUCUAGACGCUUAGAUGUUGUCUCACCUGUUGGUAGGUGCGAGGCACAUGACCGCCAGACGUUUAUCAGGCGGCGUCGGGCCGUCCCAACACCUGGUCAGGAGCGCGCUUGUGUCUAUUUUACCGGUAGGUACCCUGCGGCAGCAGUUGUCAGCCCACCACAGCAGCGGUGACUGCUCCCCUACUUCAUAAAGGAGGAGGAGGAGGAGGAGAAGGAGGACAUAAAUAGAGAAGGCAGGGAUGGUAACUAGUAAUGCGUCUGAUUGGCUACCCUAGCCUAGGGGAUGGUAAAGAGGGAAUAGGAAGAUAGAGAGAUGGAGUUGAGGGGGAGGAAAGCGGAGCUGACAUGUUCAUUUCUGACGGUUUCUUCUAAUGCAUACACAUGUACCACAAAUUGGCACUCAGUUAUUUGCAUGGGUUCUCAUCUCGAAAGCGUAUCUGGGCACACCUUGACCCUACCACACCUUUGGUGAAAUAUUCAAGCUAUUUCAUGAAAGGUGUCGGGCUGUGAAGGGGCACUCAGAGACACUGGUAAAUCUCUAUAUGCCCUGUUUCGAGAUUAGAACCCAUAUUUACAACUGAGCACCAGGUCGUAGUAGAUGUCUACUGACUAGAAAGCAACUAGAGAGAACCAGCGCAUUGCCGGGGGCACUGGGAUUGAAACCCGUACCUCUAGCAUACGAAGCUGAUGCUCCACCAUUUGACAAGCGCUGCUGUUAUGGUACACUUCCUUUUGUUAACUAAGAGUUAAUAUCUUACUUUGUAGGUUAAGAAGAUGUCCCAUUGUCAUACACUGCAAUCGAAUGCAUAGGUCGGAAUGUGGUGGCUACAUAGUACGGUGCCAGUCUAUAAAGCUGGACGGCCGUGACUAAUAGCCAGAGGACGAGUGAAACUAUGGUACAAAUUUUGCCAGACCUUAAAUGGUUAGUCUACUCCUGUUACUUAUUUGCUUUUAGCGAUCAAUGGCGAAAGUGUAAUUUGAUGAGAUUGUUUAGAUGGUAAACUGCUUAUGUUUUUGCGGAAAAUUUAAAUAAAUGCUGGCAUUCCUCGCCA